UAAUUUUGAAGACAACUCAACAUUAGUUACACAUCCAUAUGGAGACGUUCAUAUAAACAUAAAAUCAGCGUUAAUUGCAUCUUCGUCCGAGCUUUCUGUUGUCUCAUUUUAAGCGUUGUCCCUAACACCAAAUUGGAAUUCCACCUGAAGGAUCACCGACGGAUCCGUCGUCACACGGACUUUUAACGACAGCUGUCACUCUUGGACAGAAGCUGCGCGCAAAUAACCUUUCCAUAUAGUGAACAUUCUCACCCAAACAAAAACUCGAACACAUAACUCCAUCUUCGUUCACCAUGGCGCAGCUUCUACUUGACCUCGUUUACUCGUUCGGCAAUUGUCUAAAUUGCUUCCCCGGAUCGCCGACCCUGAAGAUCAACAGCCGAUCCUUUAAGAUACUGCGACUACUAGGAGAAGGUGGAUUUAGCUAUGUAUAUCUCGUACAAGAUACAGCGACGGCAGAACUCUUUGCGCUUAAGAAGAUAAGAUGUCCUUUUGGCCAAGAGUCAGUCCAGCAAGCGAUGCGAGAAGUCGAAGCGUACAAGACCUUUACCCAUACUUCCAACAUCAUCCACAGCGUCGACUAUUCCAUUGCGAACGAGCGAAACGAUGCAGAUGCGAAGACGGUAUAUGUGUUACUACCAUAUUACAGACGGGGUAACCUACAAGAUAUUAUCAAUGCGAACUUAGUAAACCAUACGAAAUUCCCCGAAAAGGAACUCAUGCGCCUCUUCCUCGGCGUAUGUAAAGCUCUUAAGGACAUGCACCUAUACCAAGGGCCGUCGGGUGGUGAGCGCAUGGUAGCAGACAAUACAAAAAAUGGCAAUGAAGGACGUGGCAAGAAAGGAAAGCGCAAUAAAGCUGUUGCAGCUGCAGACGCAGAUGACGAGACCGAACAAGCAAGACCGUUGAUGGUAAAUGAGGAACUGGUGAGACCUGGCGAACGGAGAUCGUAUGCGCAUAGAGAUAUUAAGCCAGGUAACAUCAUGAUCGACGACUCAGGCUCGCAACCUAUUAUAAUGGAUCUAGGCUCGAUCGCCGAAUCUCCUAUCGCCAUAUCAACACGAUCUCUUGCCAUCGCCACUCAAGAUACAGCAGCAGAACACAGCACGAUGCCUUAUCGAGCGCCUGAACUCUUCGAUGUGAAGACCGGCACUGUUAUUGAUACCAAAGUCGAUAUCUGGUCUCUGGGGUGCACUUUAUAUGCGUGUCUAGUAGGCAAAUCGCCUUUCGAGAUGCGCAGCGACGAAACUGGUGGAAGUUUAAGCAUGUGUGUGCUAGGAGGAGACUGGCGAUUCCCGGAUGAGGGGCCUAAGGGUCAAAAGAAAGGAAAGGCUCCGGCCGGAUCUGCUGGUCGCGAGGAGGGUGCGAUUAGCGAACCAAUUAAGGACGUAGUCAGGAAAUGCUUGAGCGUCGAGCCAAGCGAACGCCCGGAUAUCGAGGAACUAAUAGAUCUAGUGGAAGAGGUUCUUGAUGAGUUACCUGAAGAUGACGUAUGAGAGGUAAAAGGUUGGGGAGUCGUUUCUUCUGUGUAUACUGUACAUUAUAACCUUCUGUAUUAGAUGUACCUAGGGACGGGCCAUGAAAUUUGGUAUGACAAUGACGGCGUUGUUGCUCCGAGAGCAAAUAAUUUACAUGGGCGUUUGGUGGUUACCCAUGAUCUAUCUACAUAGUACUAGAAUUAGU